UACACCACCUGUGUGCUUCGUAGCUGUUGUGUGACAGUACUGUGGCUACAGUCGCUACGACAGGCUCAGCAGAGGUCAUUUGCAUACUUUAUGACUCUAGGUAAAAGGGGAUGGUGGAUAUUAAAGGUAGGCAGGGACUGUGUAUGUGUGUGGGGAAGAGAGAGAGGGAUAUAGGGAAGGAAAGAGAUGGUAAAGCGUGGCUUUAUACGUGAGUCAGGACCGGCAGUUCAGAACUGGUCAAAUCCAUCUCUAGGCCUUAAGAUGUGCUGAUGGGUGAAAACCAGAAAGCUUGGAGGGUUUAUUAAGUGGGCCAGUUGCCAUAGCGACGCUUUGGCAGGAUAUUGCCAGGAUAAGCCGUAAUGGGUCUCCUGACACAGUUCACUCUGCUCCUGUGGAAGAACUUCACUCUCCGGAAGAGACAAAAGGUGCGGCUGGUCGUAGAAGUGCUAUGGCCCCUGUUUCUCUUCUUCAUACUGGUGUGGGUGCGCUCCACCAACAAGCCAUUUUACAAAGGCCAAUGUCACUACCCAAAUAAAGCCAUGCCAUCCGCCGGCGUGCUUCCCUGGCUUCAAGGCAUGAUGUGUGACAUCGACAAUCCCUGUUUGAGCUAUCCAACACCGGGGGAGACGCCUGGCCAAGUGAAUAACUUCAACAACUCUAUAAUUUCCGGGAUGUUGAUAGAGCUGCAAGUCCUUGUGGCGAACAGAUCUAUUCUCAGUAAAGCACAGUUGCUAGCAGAUGCCAUCGACCAGUGGAAUUCAGUCCUGUCACAGUCUACCCCUGGUGAUAGUAAACCAGUGAUCCUCAGGAGUAUUCUAAGAGACAAUGAGACUUUCUCCACUCAUCUGGAGGAGAAUUUGUCUGUGCCACCAAGAGUGGUCCAAAGCCUCAUGAAUGCUGAGGUUAAACUCAGUUCAAUGAUGGACAUCCCGAGGCCAGGCAACCUCAAGAGCAUCUUAUGUGAGGGGACAGAUCUGGCUCAGUAUGUCCAAUUUAACAGCCAAGCUGAGAAAGAAGCUUUUCAAAAUGUCAGCUGCUCCCUCACUCCACAGCAGCUGAUUAACACCCGACGAGUAUUCCUGCAAAACCUGGAUCCGAGGAAAGUGCUUUCUGAGUUACCUUUGGAUCUGAAUGCUACAGACAGGGCGACAUUGAUGAAACUCACCCAAGAUGCGUUACCAGUGAUCGAGGAGAUGGCCAGGUUGAGGAACUCUGUGGCCUUCAAAGCUGUUAGCACACUGGAUUUCCAAAGGGACAUGUUUGGCAGUAUCAAUAAGCUUCUGUGUGAUAAGGAGCCUGACUUCAAUUCCACCAGAAUGCACGUCAGUUCACGCUCACAACAGAUGGCUAACAACAAGGCAAUCUUCAUUAUGGGCAACAGUUCCGAUGCUUUUUGUCAGACUCUCGUCGACACCCUGGAGGGCACACCUGGCCUGCGCUACAUUUGGAGCACCUUCAAGCCGUUAUUGCAAGGGAAAGUCCUCUACACACCCGAUACACCUGCUGCUCACCUCAUCGUGAAAGAGGCAAAUAGCACAUUCAGCGCCUUGGCUACGCUCAAAGAGCUGGCUGAUUCGUGGGAUGAACUCGGGCCACGUGUCUGGGAAUUCAUGCAAAACAGCCCUCAAGUCAAUCGAAUGCGGGAACUGCUGGCGAAUCCAGUAUUUGCUGCUGUCCUCAACCAGCGUCUCAAAAGCACAGGGUGGACAGCUGAGCUUCUGGCCAACUUCCUCUACAACGGGCCCCCUGAGGAUCGUCCACCUGGCAUGCCACCCCGCGACUGGCGCAAUGUUUACAACACCACUACCGAAAUCCUGCAGCUCCUCUCCAAAUUCCUCGGUUGUUUAGACCUGAAUAAGUUUGAGGCGGCCCCCACUGAAGGCCAUCUGGUGACAAAGGCUCUGGAGCUUCUGAAUAAUGAUACAUUCUGGGCUGGUAUUGUCUUCGAAAACCUCCAACCAAACUCCAGCCAACUCCCUCCUUAUGUCAAAUACAAGAUUCGUAUGGACAUCGAUGACGUUGAGCGUACCAGAAAAGUGAAAGAGAGGUCAUGGUCUCCCGGGGCCCGAGACAACCCCUUUAACGACCUGCGCUAUAUAUGGGGAGGCUUCUCCUACCUGCAGGAUAUGAUGGACCACGGCAUUAUACGACUGCAAACGUCAAAGACCCAACCCCUUGGUAUUUUUGCCCAGCAAAUGCCAUACCCUUGCUUUGUGGAUGACAGCUUCAUCCAGAGUAUUGGAGGCAUCCUCCCCAUGUUCCUCGUACUGGCCUUCAUGUACACUGUGUGCAUGACCAUCAAAGGCCUGGUGCUGGAGAAGGAACUCCGGCUCAAGGAAGUACUACGUGCUGUUGGCAUUCAAAACGGUGCUCUUUGGUCUGCGACGUUCAUAGAAAACAUUGUUCUGCUCACAAUUCCCUGUGGGCUCAUAAGUGUCAUGGUUAAGUUUGGCAAAGUGCUGCAAUACAGCGACCCCUCAGUAAUCUUUGUCUUCCUGCUGGUGUUCUGCCUGGCCACCAUCACUCAGUGCUUCUUCAUUAGCGUCUUCUUCUCUAAGGCCAACUUAGCAGCGGCGUGCGGUGGCCUCAUCUACUUUGUCCUCUACCUGCCGCAUGUCCUUUGCUACGCCUGGAGCGACGUCAUGGGUUUCGGGGCCAAGGUUGCUGUGAGUUUGUUGUCAUGUGUGGCUUUUGGCUACGGUUGCGAGAACUUUGCCAAGUACGAGCAGCAAGGCAUCGGUAUUCAGUGGUACAACAUUAACAAGAGUCCAGAAGAUGGAGAACGCUACACAUUCCUCGUGUCCAUCAUCAUGAUGCUCAUUGACGCCACUUUACACUGGGUGCUCACCUGGUACAUUGAGAACAUCUUUCCAGGUCAAUAUGGAAUCCCCAAGCCAUGGUACUUUCCUUUCACUGUGUCCUACUGGAGUGGGAAACCAUCAGUGACUAACGCUGACCCAGACUUGCUGAAGGACACCAUUGUACAUUCCGAGUAUCUGGAGAAACCACCACCCAAUAUGAAAGCCGGGGUGUCUAUCCGUAAUCUUGUUAAAAUCUACAAGACUGGAAAGAAGCUUGCCGUGGACGGACUGAGCAUGGACUUCUACGAGAAUCAGAUCACAUCUUUUCUCGGCCACAAUGGAGCCGGAAAAACAACAACAAUGUCAAUUCUGACAGGACUGUUCCCGCCUACGUCAGGAACCGCUCUCAUCAACGGAUAUGACAUCCACGUUGACAUGGACAGCAUCCGAAAGUACUUAGGAAUGUGCCCGCAGCACAACGUCUUGUUCAAUGAGCUGACUGUGGAGGAGCAUAUCUACUUCUACGCCAGGCUGAAAGGACUCAGCAGCAAAGAGGUGAAAAUUGAGAUGGACCAGAUGAUUGAGGAUGUUGGUUUACCACAUAAGCGGAAGGAUCUUGCUAAGAACCUGUCAGGUGGGAUGCAGAGGAAGCUGUCUGUGGCUAUAGCAUUUGUCGGCGGCUCAAAAAUCGUCAUCCUAGACGAGCCUACAGCGGGAGUGGACCCCUUUGCCCGCAGGAGUAUCUGGGAACUGCUGUUAAAGUACAAACAAGGUCGCACCAUCAUUUUGUCUACACACCACAUGGACGAGGCAGACAUCUUAGGCGAUCGCAUCGCCAUCAUCUCCCACGGCAAGAUGCGUUGUUGCGGCUCCUCGAUCUUCCUCAAGAAAUGUUUUGGCAGCGGCUACUAUCUCACUCUGGUGCGAGAGGGGAUUGAAAAGAUGACAGCUCAGCGUAACGGUAUCAUACACAGUCAGGCCAAAGAGGAGAAAGACUAUCCAUCAAGGAGAAGCAGUCUGGAUGAUGGCAUUGGCAGCCAGACCUGGAGCAACUCUGAUCCCUCAGAUUUGACAGCUGUGGGUCAACUUGUCCGGCGCCACGUCCCUGAGGCGGCCUUCUUGGAGAGCAUCGGUCAGGAGAUCACCUACAUACUGCCUUAUACGGGAGCCAGAGAUGGGACCUUUGCCCUGCUCUUUCAAGAGCUCGACUUGGCCAUGGCUGACCUCGGCCUGACCAGCUACGGCAUCUCUGACACCACACUGGAGGAGAUCUUCCUUAAAGUGGCAGAAGAUACUGGAGUAGAUGCAGAAAUGAACACAACAAAGGAGCUGUUGGUGAGAGACUGCAAAAGAAGCUCCUGCGCAUCCAAGCGGAACAGCAUCGCCAGCGUCCACAUUAAAACAGAACAAGUCUCUGGAAUGAGUGAAUUAAAGUUCACAAGCAAAGUAGAAGACUUAAAGAAGAAUGCCAGUGUCAGUGGGAAGGGAUCCACGGUCAUCACCGGAUGGAAACUGAUCAGGAGGCAGUUCCUCGCGCUCUUUAUCAAGCGCUUCCACUACGCCCGAAGGAGCCGCAAGGGACUCAUUGCCCAGGUGGUGUUGCCUGCUGUUUUUGUGUGCCUGUCUCUGAUCUUCUCGCUCAUCGUCCCACCAUUUACUGAAUAUCCGAAACUGGAGCUGCAACCCUGGAUGUACGGCCUGCCUCAAACUACCUUUUUCAGCAACGAUCUGCCAGAUAAUGUGGAGGUGUCACAGGUGGUGAAAACCAUGGUGAAUGCGCCUGGCUUUGGGACUCGCUGCAUGAAUGGAAACCCAAUACCGAAGUUACCGUGUUCCUCUAGUGGCUCUGAUUGGUUCACUCCAUCUGUGGAUCAGUCUAUCACUGACAUCUUCCUCAACGGGAACUGGAGCAUGUCUAAUCCUUCCCCCAACUGUCAGUGCAGCACUCCUAAACGGACAAUCAUGUUACCUGACUGUCCACCCGGUGCAGGAGGGCUCCCUCCACCUCAGAGGAUCCAGAACACAACAGACACACUGCUGGAUUUAACUGGACGGAACAUGACAGACUUCUUGAUCAAGACUUUUGAGAACUCGGGUAAAACAAGGUACGGAGGGAUCUCUGUCGGAGCAAUCAACUCCCAAGUCCGUCUGAACGAGGCAGCAAUCGAAGCUGCGUUCAGGGAUCUUAAAGACCUAUUCAGUUCACUUCAGGAUAAUGUGACUGAUCAGAUCCUCCCGAAGGCUGAGACGCUGCUGAAGAAGCUGGGAACCAGGGACAACGUAAAGGUGUGGUUCUAUAACCAAGCAUGGCACGGCAUGCCGUCCUUCCUCAGCGUGGCCGGCAACGCCAUCCUGAGGGGAAAUCUGCCGGCAGGAAAGGAUCCACGCCAAUACGGUAUCUCUGUGUCCAAUCACCCCCUCAACCUCACCAAGGAGCAGCUCUCCUAUGCUGCCAUGGCCACAAGCUCCACUGACGUGGUGGUGUCCAUCUGCGUUAUCUUUGCCAUGUCCUUCAUCCCUGCCAGCUUUGUCCUCUUCCUCAUCCAAGAGAGGGUGAACAAAGCCAAGCACCUGCAAUUUGUCAGCGGAGUAAACCCAGCUGUCUACUGGUUGGCCAAUUUUGCCUGGGACAUGUGUAACUACGUCGUCCCGUGCUUGAUCGUGAUUGUGAUCUUCCUCUGCUUCCAACAAAAAGCCUACGUUUCACCUCCUAACCUUCCGGCUUUGAUCCUGCUUCUUGUUAUGUAUGGGUGGUCCAUCACCCCCAUGAUGUACCCGGCCUCCUUCAUCUUCAGCGUACCGAGCACAGCCUACGUGGUGCUAACCUGCAUCAACCUCUUCAUUGGUAUCAACGGCAGCGUGGCCACCUUUGUCAUGGAGCUCUUUGACGAUGAAAACGUCUCCCACAUCAACGAGAUAGUGAAGCAGGUGCUGCUGAUAUUCCCGCAUUUCUGUCUGGGCAGAGGGCUAAUUGACAUGGCCAAGAACCAAGCAAUGGCCAUCCUCUACAGCGGUUUUGGCGAAGACCGUUUCGAAGACCCACUCAGCUGGGAUAUGGUGGGAAAGAACCUGUGUGCCAUGUCAAUCCAGGGAACUGUCAUGUUCGCCAUCACAAUCCUCAUCCAGUACAAGUUCUUCUGCAAACCAAGGCUCAUUUCAGGGAAGUCAUUAUCUGCAGAGGAAGAGGAUAUCGAUGUCGCUCGGGAGCGUGAGCGGGUCUAUGAAGGCAAGGCCCACAAAGACCUUCUGAGGAUCUGUGACCUCACUAAGGUAUACUCUCGGAAGAGCACUCCUGCUGUGGACAGGCUAUGUGUGGGCGUACCUGCCGCAGAGUGUUUCGGGUUGCUGGGAAUCAACGGGGCUGGGAAAACCACCACGUUCAAGAUGCUGACAGGAGACAUCCCAGUCUCCAGUGGAGAGGCCUUCGUAAAUGGAUACAGCAUACGAACAGAAAUGAGGGACGUCCAUCAAAACUUGGGUUAUUGUCCCCAGUUUGACGCUAUUGAUGAGCUGCUGACUGGAAAAGAGCAUCUGGAGUUUUACGCAAGGUUACGAGGGGUUCCAGAAGACGAGGUCACCAUGGUGGCCGAGUGGGGGAUCCAGAAGUUGGGCCUGGUCAAAUAUUCCAACAAGUCAGCAGGAACCUACAGCGGUGGGAACAAACGCAAACUUUCGACAGCGAUAGCCCUGAUCGGUUGUCCUCCUGUGAUUUUCCUGGAUGAGCCAACCACCGGGAUGGACCCCAAAGCUCGGCGCUUUCUGUGGGACUGCAUCCUUAGUAUCAUCAAAGAGGGACGCUCAGUCAUUCUCACAUCACACAGCAUGGAAGAAUGUGAAGCACUGUGCACACGCAUGGCCAUCAUGGUAAACGGUCGCUUCAAGUGUUUCGGGAGCAUCCAGCAUCUGAAGAACAGAUUUGGUGAUGGCUACACAGUGAUUGUGAGGGUUGGUGGCUCUCCUCCAGCAUUGAAACCAGUUGAAGACUUUGUCCAGCAGACCUUCCCAGGAAGCGUCCUGAAGGAGAAGCAUCACAACACGCUGCAGUAUCAGCUCCCACGCACACAGGGGGCUUUGGCCAACAUCUUCGGCCAGUUCACCAGCCACCAGCAGAGGCUCAGUGUGGAAGACUACUCCGUGUCCCAGACUACUCUGGAUCAGGUCUUUGUGAAUUUUGCAAGGCACAAGCCUGAGGAGGAUGACUCUCAGUCCUAUGACAACCGAGUGGACACCUCAGAUGAGCUGCCACUGGAAGCUAUGAAGUCCUCACAAGAAGCAUAGAGGUUGUAACGCCUUCACAUCACAUGUUGUGGUCCAGCAAUAUAACUUAAGUGCGAAUGGGUGUGACCAAAACAUACUGCAGUAUCAAGAUUUAAUUUUUGCACAUGUCCAGCUUAGUAAUAUUUAACAUAAACUAAUCUAAACCUGUUAAAUUAGAAAUGUCUAACUUUCCAGCUCAAGUUAUUUCUGCCUGUCAUCAAAUCAAAACUUUAUUUUAUGAAAAUUAAGAGUAUUUCAACUUGUCUCUGACUAAAGAACAGCUUGUUUCAUUUUUUUUUUUUUUUUUUACUGCCGAGUCUCUUGAUACAAGAAAGGGUCAGAAUACAACAUUUAAACUGCACUUUAGAAAAUACUUGAAACGGAUCAAUUUGCAUUUGAAAAAAGUUGAAAUAUUCUCACAGCAUUGGCGCUUUUCUUUCACUUGCUUCAGAAAAAUAAAGCUUAAGGACGAAAUUACAGACAAAAAUAGCUCGAUGGGAUGGAGAUCUUUGCAGUGUGCUUCUGUGUGUUUCACAAAGCGAUGAAGACAACUUCACUUCAGUGUUUGGAGUAUGUCGUUGGCCUUUGUGUACCUCAGGAGAGUGAAAGGACUAAAUAAUUCUGUGAAAGCAUUUAAAAUGAAUGUUUGUUCUGGAUUUGUUUACAUUUGCCGUUGGUUAUGAUAGAUGUAAAACCUAAUGUGAGAAUAUUUUGUCACCACGUUGAGUUCUAGUUCUUAUUGUGAGGUACUGACAGGCACUCUGAUGAUUGCCAGUGAUGGAAAAUUAAUAACAACAACUCUGUCAGAAGUGUGGACUUUGAACGUCUGAAUGACUCUUCAAUCGGCUAUGGACGCUGCUGUUUAAUGAGAGGUUACAGCGGUGCCACAAUACAGAGUCAACAAGCUGUCUGCAAGUAAGACAACACAUCCCAUGUGGUAUCAACCACAGCUUAGAGACAACGGCAACCACAUUAGAUUCAGAAAGAAUUACAAAUGAACACUUUUAUAUUUUAUGAAAUUUUUAAUGAAUUGUCUUGUGAAAUCUGUCGCUUCUAUAUAGAAUUAUUUGUGCAUCCUUUGAGAUUUCUUGUCAUAGGACAUGCUGGUAUUGGCGUUGAUAUAGCACUCCCUCUCAUGCGCAGAAAGUACGUUUUGUCACAAUGUGCCUUUUUAUUUUAAGAUGUGUAAUAGACUGAUAUAGACCUUUUUUUUUUGGUAUUGACCAUUUGCUAAGCUGCAGCCCCUUUUUAGUUACCGUUGCUACAUCUGUUAAGUUAAUAUGCAGUUUACAGUGAAAACAGUGAUAGCAUCCAGGACAGUGUUGGGAAUACUUACACAACGGAUCUACUAGUUGUGACAGAGGCGUUUUUGAGUAACUUGUAACAAAGCUGGACAUGCUAAAAUUUGUGUUUAAGCAUAUUAACACCCUUUUUUUUUUACACUUGUGUUUAUAAUUUUUUUGUAAGGAUAGACAUGCACUCCGCUUCGGCAUGUGGAGAAAACAGACGUGCUGUGCCUACAUUAUCGUAGUUAUGGGUUGCUGAGCUAGAAUCGUUUAGCAAAUGGUCGAUUAUUUACAAAAAUUCCAAAACUGUGAAAUGGUCUUUACUGUAUAAUAUCUCAGGCGAAAUAUCACUCAGGAACAUGGUGUGCAAUUCUCACUCAGGAAUGUCUACAUUAAAUGGAAAGAGUUAUUCAUAGCUUCGUUCUUGUUACUUUCAUCAUUCUGUGCUGUACUGUACAAUAUUAUGCAAUUUUGUGAGUGUCCUAACAAUUAAAACCCCAAAGCUCUUUCCUUAUGCUGCUUACAUUACAUGGCACUUCAGAAUGUAAAUACUUCUUCGGUUCACCCCUCAAAGGCACUCGAGUUUACUUUGAGAGCCUGACAUAAUUUGUAUGCUGUGCUAAGUCCUCACAUUACUAUCAUGCCCCCUUGCAAAGAAUAAAUGAAUCCUAUUUGUAAUGAAUAUUGCUUCAUGCCAAGACAAACGAUUAAACAU